AUGGUCACGUGCCGAGAGGUGAUAGUCAUCGCCGGCAAAAUGCAGCAACACAAGUCUCCAGGACCGGACGGUAUACCGAAUCAGCCAGUCAAAUCGGCGAUCAGACGUUAUCCAGAAGUGUUCCGGCAGCUGUUUCAGCGACUGCUUGACGAAGGCUCCUACCCGGACCAGUGGAAGGAGCAACGGCUGGUGCUCAUACCAAAGCCUGGAAGAAAGCCACCCGGCCUGCCAUCGUCAUAUAGGCCGCUGUGUAUGCUUAACACGCUCGUAAAGGUGUUCGAGCGCAUAGUGUUGAAUCGUCUGCAAGAAAACCUGGAAAAGGUUCCUGCGGGACCGCAUCUUUCCCCUACCCUGUGGAAUGUUGCGUACGACGAUGUGCUAGGAGCAACGCAACCGGGACCGACCCAGAAUCUCGCCAUCGCGGACGACUUGGUGGUGCUGGCGGCUGCCAAGAAGCCCCACCACCUUGCAGCCAAGAGUGUGAAGGAAGAGGUGCAACGCAUCCAGAGCUGGAUGGAGCACCAGUCGCUGAAGCUUGGCCCCAACGAAGACGGAAGUAAUCGUCAUCAGCCGGGCGAAGAAGGGCAACCAGCACACAACGCUCAACGUCGGUGCGAGCACAGUGAGGACGGGUACGACGCACAAAUACCUUGGCGUAGUAAUCAAUGA